UUCAUUAGAGAGCAGCUACAUACCUUUAAAGUUAGAGCUACGGUGUUGAACUACGCGAAUCCAAUACAACCGAGUCAACUCCUUAAAACGCCGUCAGGUUGAAGCCAAAGGACCAUUAAAGGUAAAACAGCGAUGUUUCUAGAUAGAUCAGGUCUACAACUAUUUCCCUUGUGUUCUCCACUGAACCUGUACACAGUGUAGACACCUGGUCAAAGUAAGUGGAAGCAACAGACCGGAGGAAAUAGUGCACCAGUAGUCGCCCUGUUUUUGAGUUAUACUGCACUGAGUGAAUAUUAUGGAGUCUCUCGGGAAUGGAACUGAAGACAGCCUGAAAAACCCGGAUGACCCUGUGGACCCAUCAUUGCAAUUUCUUCCUGCAUCUGAUGCUAAGAAGGUAAAGAAGAAGAAAUUUUUUGUAAGGGCCAUCUUAGUAAUCAUACUGGUCAUAUUGGCUGCAGUCACCGCACUUCUAACAGGUCUACUAGUGUGGAACUUUCAUUUGAGAAAUGAUGUAAGAAUUAAAAAGGUCUUUGCCGGUUCUCUGACAGUCGCCAACCGGAGAUUCACAGACUCAUAUGAGGACAGCAGCAGUGCUCAGUUUAAUGAGCUGGCCUCUCACCUUUCCAAACAAAUGAAAAAUAUGUACAGCAGUGUGCCAUUACUCUCCAAAUAUUAUGUCAGCUCCAGUAUUCAAGCCUUCAGUGAAUCCGGUGAUGGCACAGUUAUUGCCUACUACCUUUCUGAGUUCAGUGUGCCAGAGGCUGAGGUAUCUGCUCUGGAUGAAGCCAUUCAGUCGUCCAUGCGUACCACGGAGCCAGGACAAACACGGAGGCUGAGCUUGUCACGCAAGCCAACCAAUGAUCUGCUUAUUAACAAUAUGAUGUCUGCAGCUGUUGAUCCUCGCAUGGUUAAUUCAGCUCUGAAAGGUCACCAUAAGCAAUCCCACCACUCUCGUGCGGGUGAGACGGACUUCAUUCAGUCUCCAGGCUUUCCCGAUUCUCCCUAUGCCUCCAACACCUACACCGAGUGGCGUCUCCGUGCCGACCCUGACCACAGACUUCGACUGGAGUUCACAGUGGUAGACCUGGAGAAUGACUGCCACAAAGAUUUCAUUAGGGUGUAUGAUUCUCUUAUCCCCAGUGAGAAUCAUGUCAUGGCAGAGAAAUGUGGACACUACACCCACAAAGAGCAGCUGGUUUUCCUGUCCUCUGGAAAUGUCAUGUUAGUUACUCUGGUCACAAACGAAGAGAAGAAUUUCCCAGGCUUCAGAGCAAAAUACUCUCAAGUACCUGCAGAAAUCCAAGGGUGUGGUGGGAAACUAACAGGGAUGAAAGGCACCUUUACGUCUCCUGGCUUUCCCUCCAGUUAUCCUCCUCAGGCCCAAUGUGUUUGGAACAUUGAAGUUCCAGAGGGAAAUCACAUCAUAUUAAAUUUCAACAAGUUUUCACUAAAUGAUCCAGGACAGAGCCCUGACAACUGUACUAAAGAUUACCUGGAGGUUACUGGCAACAGGAUGUGUGGAGAAAAAUUUGAGAACGUACCCCUCGUCAUCAAGACAGAUAAGGCAGAUAUAAAAUUCUUCUCUGAUAUGUCCCAUGUAGACAAGGGCUUCUCUGCAGAGUUCGAAACCUUCAAACCCUUUGAUCGUUGUUCUAAGAAAUUCCACUGUGAAAAUGAUGCCUGUGUUUCUCAGAAGCUGAGAUGUGAUGGCUAUGACGACUGUGGAGACAUGAGCGACGAGAAGAACUGCGUCUGUGAAGAGUCUUACAUCAAAUGUAAGAACGGCUUCUGCAAACCCAAAUACUGGCAGUGUGAUGGAGUGAACGACUGUGGUGACAAUACAGAUGAGGAGAACUGUGGAUACUGUAAAGCCGGGGAAGUGGCAUGUCGAAACGGCCGCUGUGUCUCAGAGCAGAAGAAGUGUGAUGGCCAUAAUGACUGUGAGGAUGGUACAGAUGAAUCCAUGUGCGCCAAAUCUAUAGUCCUCACCUGCUCUGAGUUUACCUUCAAGUGUAAGAACAACAUGUGCAUCAGCAAGCAGAACCCAGAAUGUGAUGGGCACAGAGAUUGUGAGGAUGGUUCAGAUGAAGAAGGCUGCGAAUGUGGUAUGACGCCAUACCAGUCUUCUCGGAUUGUGGGUGGUGAGGCGGCCAGUGAAGGCUAUUGGCCAUGGCAGGUUAGUCUUCACCUGAAGGGCAGAGGUCAUGUGUGUGGAGCCUCCUUAAUCAGUGACCUCUGGCUAGUUACUGCUGCACACUGCAUACAAGAGACCAACAGAUAUUCUUGGCCAGAAGAGUGGGAUGUCUACCUGGGGCUGCACAGUCAGAGUGAGACCAACACAGCCAACACAGUGCUGAAGGGUGUAAAGCAAAUUAUCUGUCAUCCUGAGUACAACCCCCAGCUCUACAACAGUGACAUCGCUCUGAUGGAGCUGGACAGCCCUGUGACCCUCAGCCAGUAUAUUUGGCCUAUCUGCCUACCUUCAGCCACACAGUUGUUACCUACAGGCCAGUCUGUGUGGAUCACAGGUUGGGGCAAAACCAGAGAGGAAGGACAAUUAGCGUCAGUUCUGCAGGAAGCAAAGGUGCGUAUCAUCAACGAAACAGUGUGCAGUCAGCUGAUAGAGGAUGAGGUCACACCUCAGAUGAUCUGUGCAGGAAUUCUGACAGGAGGAGUGGAUGCCUGUCAGGGCGACUCGGGCGGGCCCAUGUCCUUUGUAGACCCAACAAGCGGACGUUGUUUUCUAGUUGGAGUCGUGAGCUGGGGUGAAGGCUGUGGCCGAAAGGGGAAGCCUGGCAUUUACACACGGGUCACCAAGUACCGCAGCUGGAUCCGAGAAGAGAGUGGGGUAUAAAAUGCACAUUUGAGGCCUACUCUGCCCACUCCCGAAGGAAUUACUGCUUCCACAGACACUCUAGAUCAAUCCCUCUUGCUCCUGAAGAAAGGAGUUCAUGUUUUAAUAAACACAGCCUUUUUGGUCCCAUGUGCUUCAUAUCGAACCUUACA